CUUUCCCGAAUCUUUCUCCGCGAAAGUGAACACCUCACAUUAUCGUCUUUUAGGAUCACAGCUACACUGUUCCAGCUUCCAACAUGUUCGAAUGGGUUGCCGACCAGCGCAACGCCUUGAGAGGCCAGUACGAGGCAGCAGUCAACGCCAUCCGGCCGUUGAGGUUGACCCAGUUCGAGCCAUUCCGUUUAUUUAUCAGAAAGACCACGCAUGAUCUGCGUUCUGGGGACCCCUCUUCGUUGGCAAUUCUUGCAAUUCUCACGAUUGCCACUAUAUUCAUAAUCGACAGACUGAGUGCCAGGUUUGCUUCAGCAGGGCGAAAGAUGAGGCUCCCGACUUUGAAGAUGCGUAAAGGUUGGGACUAUCCAACACUCCUGCAACAGGGAGCCCGGAUGCACCCCAAUUCCCCAUAUAUCAUCACGUACAGUGGAUACGAGUAUGUGGUGUUCCCGUCGUCAGCUUUCGACGAGAUUAAGAAACUCAACGCUUCUCGGGCCUCCAUGGUCGACUGGUUCACGCAGAUUUUCUGGCAAGGAUGGCAUUUUCUGGGCACCGACAACAGUGCUCGCUACCACAUGGUUAGCAUCGAUAUUGCGCGUGCACUACCCUCGCGGGUCUGGAUGCGUCAAGAAAAUGCUCAACAGGCCUUUGAAACAGUGUUAGGUCCUACAGGAGUCAAGCAUGACUGGACCACAUUGUCCUUGUGGAGCACAGUGCAAAAGAUUAUCUCUCUGAUGAACGCUACCGGCCUCUUUGGCCCUGAGCUUGGGCUCGAUCCCCGAUGGCUGAAAGCUACUGAACGCCUCCACAGUGCUAUCAUGGUUGGCAUCGUGGGCUCUCAUCUAACGCCCCGCCUGUUACGACCUCUGGUGGCUCCUGUUGUUUUCCUGCCCGCCAGGCUGGUCGACUGGCAUAUGUCUUCGCUGUUGCGACCAAUGCUACAGAAAGAGAUGAGACACUACCAGGAAAAGAAUUCUUCCCAAGACAAGGCAAAAGACACGACCACCGUUCCCGGUUCGUCCUUUCGCCCAGAGCCAAGCAAUGAGAAAUUCCCCUUGACGUCUUGGCUACUGGAUCGGUACCGAGCAGGGGACAAGAACCUCACUCACCUUAUCCGUGAUCAUAUCGUGGUUGCCUUUGAGGCAGCUACAACUUCAGCUGGAAUGUUAUAUUUCUUGGUAGCGGAAUUGGCUGUACGACCUGAUCUUGUGGAAGAGCUGCGAGAAGAGCUGUCUCAGAAUAUGGAUUCAGAGGGUCAUUUGCCACUAGGCUAUCUCGCGGAGUUGCGCAAGAUGGACAGCUUCAUGCUCGAAUCUGCCCGAGUGACUGGAAGCAGUCAUUUGGCACUGUUUCGAAGAGUCCAGAAACCACUGAAGCUCUCUCUUGGGCCAGAGCUAGCUCCGGGAACACUCAUCUGCGUUGACGCGUACCACCUCAAAAAGUCUCAGACAAGAUAUGAGGCUGCCUCAGAGCUUAAGCCGCUGCGAUUCUACGAGAUGAGGCAAGAGCCAAACCAAGAAGAAUUGCACCAGUUCGCGCAGCCGGGACCAGACAAUACGAUAUGGGGCGGUGGUACGCAGGCAUGCCCCGGAAGACUGUUCGGAAGUGUGACUAUCAAGGUGGCUCUCGCUCAUUUCCUGCUCAACUAUGACGUUCAGCUUCUGCCCAAUGGUAAAAGUGCGCCUAAACGAAAUUCAAUGCCCAAUGGUUCCAUUUCACCAGAUACCAAAGCUAAGAUCAUGCUUCGAGAACGGAAAUACGCCUGAGGGAGUGCACAUGUGGUUGGAUUUCAUGUGCCCCAGCCUGCAGUCACGUAGUGCUAUGAGGUCAAACAUCUGCAUUGGUGGGCCGCGGUUUUGGGACUUUUAAUUGAUAGAAGCUCAGAUUAUGUUUCGGGAUAGACUUAAGCCAUAGCUGAUCACUCAACAGAAAAUACAAUGAGAGUCGUGCGGCGGGUUGAAAACAGCAUCCAAGCAAGCCGUUCAAUGUCAUCGAAUUAAGGGCACUCAUUGUGACUAUUCUGAGUGACUUGCACAAUGAAAGUGCAUCCAGACUCUUGUUUGAAUUUUC